GUUCCUCAUCUCAAACUCUCUCCUUCAUUAUUAUUUUUUCUCUUUUUUUUUUCCUUUUCUGAAGAUAAUUAGACAAUCGAUCACAAAACAAUCAAUCACAUUAACCUAAUGUGAUUGAUUGUUUUUGGAAUCAUCACAAUUGAUGUGAUAGAUUCUUGUGAUUGAUUGUCUAAUUGUCUUUUCAUUUUCCAUCAUUACUGCCAUGGCACAAUUUAAUACGACCGAUUCCGUAAUAAUGGUAGAGCAAUCGAUUUGCCUUAAAUUCCCUCCCAAGAUCAAUUCUCCCGGCCUGUUGGAAUUCAUGGUGAACAAUGCCAGAAACGAUCAAAUCCUGGAUUAUAUUGGAACAACCUUCCAUCUGCAGAUGACCGUCAUCUUUGCUCUCACCCAAUCAUUCCACUUCAUCUUCAGGCUUUUGGGAAUGCCAAUUCUAAUCUCACAGAUAGCCACCGGAAUAAUACUUGGUCAAACGAUUCUAGGGAAUGAGAUGCUACUUGGGGAUCAUGGGAAAAUUGCAUUCUCGAAAGAUAGCAUUCAAGUUCUUGGGACGAUAUCGGCAUUUGGUUACAUGUUCUUUCUGUUUUUGACCGCGGUGAAGAUGGACCUCAACUUGAUUAAAAAGGCAGGAAAAAAGGCCUUAUGCAUUGGACUUCUAUGCGUUUUGGCGCCUCUAUUAAGUGGUAUCCUCACCAGCAUAACCUUAAGUCCCAAAGGCGAGAGCUUAAAUGUCAAGAACAAGAAUAUGUUCCUCACAAUAUUAUACUCGAUUAGUUCAUUUCCCGUUGUACAUUGCCUUCUUGUUGACUUGAAGAUCCUGAACUCAGAAUUGGGUCGAUUAAGUCUGUCGGUUGCGCUGAUUGGUGACAAUUUGUCAGUAAUUCUUAUGAAUAUUGGCUACUUAAUCAGUAUAUCAUUUGAAUCAAGUGCUGGUAAUAAUAAGAUGGCGGGGUUGAUAGACUUUGGAUUAAUUAUGUGCUUCGUUUUGAUCGUGUUAUUUGUGUUUCGACCUGCUAUGCAGUGGAUGGUGAGACAAACGCCAGAGGGAGCUCCAGUGAGGAGCAUUUUCCUCUAUGCUAUCAUCGUAGUAUUCCUUCUUUCUCCUAAGCUUGGUUCCUGGUUUCAUUUAUUCAUUCUUUUCACCCCAUUGAUUGGUUUGGCUAUUCCGGAUGGACCUCCAUUGGGGUCUGCUCUGGUGGAGAAGUUUGAGUUUGUUGUUAAUGGCUUAUUUCUGCCACUAUUUGUCACAACAUGUGCUAUGAGGGUUGAUUUGACAAAACUUAAUUUCUCAAACCCAUCUCUGAAAAAUCAGGCUCUCAUCAACAUUGUGAUAACAAUGGUGAAAUUUGGAGUCACUCUAGGACUGCCAUUUUUUUGCGAUAUGCCCGAAAGGGAUUCUUUAGCUCUUGCUUUUAUAAUGACUACCAAAGGCAUCCUUGAGUUGGGUGCUUUGAGCUUCUUGAACGACAAUCAGUUCAUAUCAGAUGACUUGUUCGCUUUCUUGUUUUUGAUCGUCGUCGUCAUGGCAGCAAUUCCACCAAUACUAGUGAAAUUCAUCUAUGAUCCAUCAAGGAAAUAUGUAGGCUACCAGGAAAGGAACAUAAUGCGUUGCAAAUUUAACGAAGAAUUGCGGUUGCUGGCUUGCAUCCAUAUACCAAGUAAUGUCACUAACAUCAUCAACCUUUUGAACUCCUCAUGCCCAACCUCUGAUAGCCCCCUCACCGUGGAUCAUAGGAAUACCACCAUCUUCAGCAAGUCCUACUCCGAGAAUGUGGUCCUAGCCUUCACCCAAUUCGAGAGAGACAAUUGGGAAGCUGUGGAGGUAAACGUUUUCACGGCAAUCUCUCCACCGACUCUGAUGCACGAAGACAUUUGCGAUCUUGCCAUGGACAAGCGCACAUCCUUCAUAGUACUUCCAUUUCACCGCCGCUGGUCCAUUGAUGGUAGUAGGAUUGAAUCGGAUGACCAAGCCCUUCGAAGCCUGAAUUGCAACAUCAUGAAAACAGCCCCUUGCUCUGUGGGGAUCCUGGUCGAAGGUCGCCGCCAUUUAAGACGCAGUAAUUCCAAAGAUUCAGCUGGAAGCUUAUCAGUGUACAGCAUUGCAGUGGUCUUCUUGGGAGGCAAGGAUGAUCGGGAGGCACUAACACUAGCCAAACGUUUUUCGCAGGACGCAAGAGUUAGCCUGACUGUUAUUCAUCUCAAGGCACAGGGCAACCUAGCUAGUGUACUAGCUUCGGUUGACACAAUGCUUAAUGAAGCGGUAUUGGAAGAUGUUAAGGAUAACGAAUAUGUUAGUUACAUAGAGAAGGAAGUGAGGGAUGGACCUGAAACCUCCCUGUUUCUUCGUUCCAUGGUGAAUGAACAUCAUCUCAUCAUUCUUGGGAGACAAUGUGAUGUUGAAAAUCCACAGACCGAAGGGCUAAAAGAAUGGAGUGAGUUCCAAGAACUAGGGAUGAUUGGGGACUUGCUUGCGUCUACUGAUUUUACUGGUGCCUAUUCCCUGUUAGUUGUGCAACAACAGCAACAGAAAAUCCGUUGAGCAUUUUUCUUUUAAAGUUCAUUUGAUUAUUCUGUCCUCUCAGGAGCUGAUUUAUAAGUAUUACUAUGAGUUUGGAUUCUGGAAAACUGCUUUUACAUGUGGGUUUUUAGACAUUGAUAUUUAAGGGAAGAUCAACCUCUGAACUUGUGGAGUGGUUAAAAAUAAUCUCCUCUACAGAAGAAAAGAUUAAAAAAAAUUGGUGUUC